AUGUCCAUUUCGUCCCGUCUCGCGCUGCCCUUGUGGUCUCUCUUCCUCUCAUGUCUGCACGCCUCCUGUGUCGCCGGUGAUUGUCCCAGUAUGGGCCGGCGCAUGGUCUGGCUAGACGGGCGCCAGGAGAGCAGCCCGCUUGCAAUCAGCUCUCAAUGGCAGGUUUUGGGACCAUUCCAGAUUGGAACACGAGAGGGUUCGUGGGGAGCAGAUCCGCUCGAGUGUCUGGGAGGGUUUCGACAGCUUCGCUAUGAUCCUGAUGCGCGGUUCCGAAGUUCGCUGCCCAGCAAUGGUACUGCGACGUGGUCUCUUGUUGAGGCCAAACACGCGACCAGUAGCUCGACGUCUGCUAAUGUGUCCUUGAGUAUUGGUUACGACAAUGUGGACUGGGACUUCCUCAAGACCGUCUAUGGUUGGGCAGCGGUGCAGUAUCAAGCGUGGGCAAGAGGAGAUAUUGUAGUCCGAGGGAACGACACCCAACACGUCGUUCUGUAUACUGAUGCCAUCGCCGAGUACUGGGUUGACCGUGUCCACUACUUUGGCGGAGACUUCUACAGCUUCCGCAAGGCACCUCCUGUCCUUCAUCUUGCCCCGGGCAGACAUCAGAUCGAUCUCCGUCUCUGGAGAGAUGUUCGGGCAUUUGGGGGUAUCAACGAGCCUACCAUCGACGUCCUCGUCGGCGUGGAGAAAGUAUCUGGGAGUUUGGAGCUGUCACGGCCGGGUGUGUUGCUGGCAGAUGUCGUACACGGAAAGCUAGCCUCACCGCUAGCCUCAGUGUCUGUUCGGAACAGUGGUGAGAGCGAUCUAGUGAUCGUAGGUGUGCAGUCUUCUGAAGUAAGAUAUUCGUUUAUAUCGACACUUCCACUCUCCCAAGCAGCUCUCUCACGUUGUAGACGGCGAUUGACCGGUUUCCAGCACAACUCCACCUUCUAUAACUUUUCCGAAACAAUCCUUGUGGCAGGCCAGACUCGUCCUCUCUCCUUCAAUAUUUCUCUUCCUCAUGUGAACGUCUCUUCUCUUGAACUCAAUAUUAUCUACAAACCCAACAAUGGUGACGGAAAGCUUCAAACCCUCAGUGUCUCUCAGCCUCUGUCCCCAAAGUCUCUCUUUAGUCCGCACAAAAUCACUUAUCUCCAUCCCGGCGGUAUGGUAUCAUAUGCCAUGCUUCGUCCCCCAGCACAAAAUGCUGCUUGUUCUCCUGGCAGAACUCGACUUCCAGUUGUCAUCGCCAAUCAUGGAGCGGGCCUUGAGGCAGAUAGUCCUCUGGUCGCUCACGCUCUCGAUCCGGUCUCUGAUCUGUGUGCGUGGGUGUUGUUCCCUACGGGCGUUACGCCUUGGAGUGGGGACGAUUGGCAUAACUGGGGCUUUGCGGAUGUGGAAGCUGCAGUUACUAGUAUUCCAUCAUGGAUGACGAAUGUUGCAUGGCAAGGCCCAGGCGUAGAUACCAAUCGAUGGGUCAUGACUGGGCAUUCAAAUGGCGGCCAAGGGACUUGGUACGCUCUCACUCAUCGUCCAGAUAAGCUCGUAUCGGCAGCACCCUUGUCUGGCUACGCCUCAAUUCAAAAGUACGUCCCCUAUGAGUUAUGGCAACCCGCAGAUCCCCGGCGCACCUCCGUCAUCAGCGCCUCCCUGAACAGCUACCGGCACGAGAUGCUCAUGGAAAACGCGAAGGGCAUUCCUGUAUUCCAACAGCACGGCGAGCUAGACGAUAACGUCCCCGCAUACAAUUCCAGACUUCUGAGCCAACAAUUGAUCCAAGCGGGUACCAACUCCAGCUACCAUGAAUUUCCUGGCCAGAGUCACUGGUGGGAUACGGUGAUGACGACGGAGCCUUUGAAGGGCUUCUAUCGACAACAGGUUGCGAGUAACGAGUCGAUUCCAAGGCGACUGAAAGAGUUUAGCUUGGUGGUUGGGGAUCCGGGAGAUACGGGACCGAAAGGUGGAAUUCGUGUGUUGAAUCUUGAGGAUCCGGGACAGUACGGCAGGCUCACUGUCAAAGGACACAUGAUUACAACAUCGAAUGUUCUGAGGCUGGAGCUGGAUCCCACAGUCAUGGGCUUCGACAGAGUUACUGUUGACGGACAUGACGUGGUGUUUGAUCAGCUCAAUCACGUGCAAAUCAGGAGAAGUCAGGACUCAUGGCAGACUCUCGAGGGUAAAGAUGAUGGUUCCUACCGCAAUGGAAGACAGUUGGGCUCAAUAACCUCGAUCCUACGGACCCACGGCCCUUUCAUCAUCCGCCAUCAGGGGAAGCAGACCGCUCACGUUGCCCUACAGGUGUCCCAAAACCUGCACCAGUAUUUUUAUGCGGAUUGUAACGUUGUAUCGGGCAAUGCGUCUCUCAGCAGCGUCGACGAUGGGUGUACAGGCAACGUCAUCUCUGUCUCAAUCGGCAACACCUGGCCAAGCCUUCGCAGUAACUUCCCCAUCCUGGUCGACGAGGGCGGUGUAUCUGUACGAGAUCACGCCGGACGAACGCGGAAGUACGAGGGGGCUCAGCUGGGGGCGGCAUUCCUGCGGCCGCUGGACGGUGAAAGGCUCGAACUCGUGAUCUGGGGUGCGGAUGAGGAGGGGAUAUUGCAGGCAUCACGACUUGUCCCUACCGUCACGGGUGUGGGACAGCCCGACUUCGUAGUCCUUGGAGAGCUCUCGCGGUGGAAAGGUGUGGAGGGCGCGCUCGCUCUGGGCUUCUUCGACCAUGACUGGAGUGUAACGCCGUCGUCGGUGGUGUCGUGAGGACGUCACAAAGCAGUCUGUGAACGCGACAGGUAAACAAGCAGCAGUUUUUCAAUCUCACCUCAGUCCCUUUCACC